ACUUUAUGAGGGCCAACGAACCCUCUGCAUUUACAUUUUACCUCACCUUCUAGCUUUAUUAAUAUUAGUCUUCUGUCAGUACUAAAGUUCAACAUACAAAAAAUGAUUAACACCAUUCUCAAUAUUUUUCUUCCUCCUCUUACCAUCAUCUUUCUCUUCCUCUUGUACCCAUCGUACCUUUUGGGCAAACUUGUGAUUCGUCUCUAUAAGCACCUGAGCUUUGAAAAUGUGGCCAGAAAAGUAGUUCUAAUCACUGGAGCUUCCUCCGGCAUUGGAGAGCAUGUAGCCUACGAGUAUGCAAAGAAAGGAGCGUGUUUGGUUCUCGUUGCUCGAAGAAGGGAUCGUCUAGAGAUAGUAGCCCAAAAAUCACAUCAAUUAGGAUCUGGUGAUGUCCUCGUCAUACCUGGUGAUGUUGCUAAUAUUAAUGACUGCAAGAAGUUAAUCGAUGAUACGAUUCAUCAUUUUGGUAAACUAGACCACUUGAUCAACAAUGCUGGUGUAUUUCAAACUAUUCUUUUCGAAGAUUUCACUCAAAUUCAAGACGCUAAUCCUAUUAUGGAUAUUAACUUUUGGGGUUCAACAUACAUCACUUAUUUUGCCAUUCCUCAUCUUCGAAAGAGCAAAGGAAAGAUCAUUGUGAUUACUUCUGGUGCAGCUAGUAUACCCUUGUCAUUGGCGAGCGUCUAUUCAGCAAGCAAAGCAGCUUUGGUGAGAUUCUUUGAGACACUAAGAGUUGAGCUCAGUCCGGAUAUCAAAAUAACAAUCGUUUUCCCCGGAGUUAUAUCUACAGAUAUGACCACUCCUCACUUUGUAGAAAAGUAUGGUUCAGAUUUUUUCCUCUCGGAAUCAGUGACUAAAUGUGCAAAAGCAAUCUUCAGAGGAAUCGCUAGAGGAGAGACAUACAUAGAAGAGCCAUCUUGGUUAAAAUGGAUGUUUUUGAUAAACAGUGUGACUCCUGAAAUGUUUGACUACUUAGUCAACUAUUUAUUUUUUCGUUAUCUCAAACCUUAUUUCAAGCGUGAUUGAUCGUAUUCGUAUCAGCCCAUUGCUAUAAUACUCUUGAAAAUGGUUGUAUUUCAACGGGAAGUGAAACUGAACGGUACUUUGUUUUUCAUUA